AUGCCUCCCAAGAUGCCACCGAAGAAAGUAGCAAUAAUUGGUGCUGGCCCCUCAGGCCUAGUCACUACCAAAACCCUUCUUCAUGAUUUUCCUCGCGGAACCUUCUCUCCAAUCAUCUUCGAUAGCCAAGACCAAGUCGGAGGUCUGUGGUCAAGUCACCAUGCUCCCAAUCAGGCCAAUGCACCCCUGGUCACCCUAGACCCUCAAAUGCGGACCAACCUCAGUCGCUUCACAGUGGCUUUUUCGGAUCUUGACUGGGAGUCUGUGAUUCCCGAUGCGGACGUUCCGAUUUUUCCUCGGGCGAGACAGGCUGGAGAGUACUUGGCCUGUUAUGCAGAGCGUUAUAUUCCAACUCAUUUGCGUAGGCUAGGGUGUAAAGUGGUAAAGACUAUGCGAAAGGGGGAUGAUAGAGGCGUUCCCAAGUGGAAUGUUCAGUGGGUCGAGAAGAGUGCGGCGAAAUCUCAGCCGGAAGAUGGACCACUGGACGAUGGAGUGUCUUCGGAAGAUUUUGACCUGAUUGUCAUCGCCUCUGGAUACUUUGCACAGCAGUAUAUUCCAAACAUACCGGGGUUACAACAAUUCCAAGGCCAAGUAAUCCACAGCUCUUUGCUUUAUUGUGAGCGAGAGCAGCGGCCUUUCGCUGAAAACGAGAUGAAUGGCCAGAUCGUUGUCAUUGGCGGCAGCAUGUCAGGCGUCGAAGCCGCAUCCGCUGUGGCUCUCGAUCAAUCCUCCUCGACACUUUCCACAACCAGAAUCCCCCAUAUACCGCAGACCAAACUGCAUCAUAUAUCUUCAAGACCGUUUUGGACGUUACCGACCUAUCUCCCCCACGAGCCUCCCGGCGGGACUCCAUCAUUUUUGCCGUUGGACUUGGCCAUGUACGACCUAGGCCGCCGCCCCCCAGGUCCGAUCGACUACACUUUGGGACCAAUCUCCGAGGAAAAGGCGGUUCAAACGAACAGUUAUUUCCACACCUUGCUUGGCAGUGACUACGAAAAGUACGCGCAUGUGGAUUCACCACACGGCGCCAAAGAGUUCAGAACCCAGCCGCCAUGGGUCGCUAUAGGCAAUGAUUACGCCGGGUUCGUCCGAUGUGGAGCGAUUCAGACAUCGAUGGGCCGGGUGACUUCUGUGCAUUCUGAUCCGGAUACUCAACAAGCUUCAGUGCAGUACGUAGGGCCCAACGGGGACACCAAGACGAUAGAAAAUGUGACGACGAUAAUCAUGGCCACCGGAUUCACGCCGUACAAGUCAUUGUCAUUCCUACCAGAGGAAGUACUGACGAAGCUUGAAUACUCCCAAACGGACCCCUUCUCGCCGUUGAUUCUCGACAAGGGAGGCACCGUCCGCUCGGAACUCCCCGAUGUCGGAUUCGUCGGAUUCUACCGCGGCCCGUACUGGGGCGUGAUGGAGAUGCAAGCGAGGUUCCUUGGCAAACUAUGGAGUGGGUUGAAUAACGGUGCACUCUGUGAAACCGACGAGCAGAAGCAAAGCCUUCGCAGUCUGAGAUUGGCACCCCCGGAUCUAGCCCGUGGUCAAUUUCCCAUGGGCGACUAUGUCGGGUUGAUCGAGUCGUUUGCCAAGGAUUUGGAUAUUGAUCGCUCGGCACUGGACUCCGGCACUAGUCGGUCUGGACCCGCUGUUCCUGCGCGGUAUCUCUAUGGCGACAUUUCAACGCCAGGUGCACGGUGUGAGGCGGAGCGGACACUGGGUGCUUUGCGCGACGCUCUUAUCCCAGGCCACAAAAUAGCACAAAAUGCCGCAGCGUCGGCUAUCUUUCGGGCUCUGCAUGGGACUUGGAAGUCUUCGGAGCAGAGAGCAGAUACGGCUGGACGUGAAACGGUUGGGACUCUGGCCUUUUACCCGCGAUAUCCCACGAGCCCGGCAUAUGAUAGGGAGUAUGUCUGUGUAGAGACAGUGGAUUCGACCAGAUGGGAACAGCCUAGGCGAGGCAAUGUACGGUUCAUCAUGCGCUUGGCAGAGGUGAGAUUUGACAUUGCCACUUCCCGAAUUGAGAUAUGGUCAUCGGGCUUGGCGGAUCAGCCGUUUGCUGGUCAACUCAUCCAGGUUUGGGAGUUGACGCCUCUCUGCCACGAGAGACAAGAUGGAGCGUCUAUUCCUGGAAGCUUUAUGAUAUCCGCCAAGAGUGCUGAUUCGGAUUCUGGUGUCGAGUAUUUGUACACGUUUCAUUUCAAGGGUGUUUCCAUCUUGUCCUGGGAAUACGUUGAGGUGGACACUUUGGAAGGAAGGGGGGGUUUAGUUCUUAUUCCUACACCCGAGACUAAUGAUAUCCCUACGGUCAGAUAUUUGACUGUACACAAAUAUCUGACAGAAUACAGAGACGCGGUGGGAGGGAAAUUACGAAGGGCGAAGUUGUGCUGA